CUACUUUCUGUGGCCAUUACCCCUUAGUGAAAAACCCAAACCAAAAACCGAAGAAAAAAAAAAAUAGUUGUUCUAAAAUCUAAAACCCCAAGAGGCCAAUCUCUUGUUUCUACCAUCGUUGAAGGCCAAAAUGUUGGCCUCGGCAGCAACUCCCACACCCUUCUUCCCGUUGAAGUCCCCCAAUGCCCAACACUCACUUCCCAACUUCAACACCUAUCUGGAAGUUAUUCCAGUUAGAACCAGAACAAAAACCAAACUAAGCAACCCAACACCAACACUAAUCUUUUCCUAUGCAACCAAACACCAUCAAUAUCAUUGCCUCAACCUCAUUUCUUGCUCUAAUCGUUCAGUCAUCACAAGGGUCAGCAGUGAUGAUGGUGGUGGUGGUGCUGUUGAUGCUACUCCACAACACUCUAAAUCUCCUGAUAUUGAAGAAAUUGAGAAACCUUCUCCUAGUUUUGGUGAUGGUUAUGUAGCCUUGUUUGUUCGAAUGCUUGGGCUAGACCAUGAUGACCUUGACAGAGAACAAGCAAUAGUAGCUCUCUGGAAAUACUCACUUGGAGGAAAGAAGUGUAUUGAUGCUAUCAUGCAGUUUCCUGGUUGCAUAAACCUCACUGUAAACCUUCUUAGGUCAAAGUCUAGUUCCUCUUGUGAAGCAGCUGCAGGCCUUUUACGAUCAAUUUCUUCAGUCAAUUUAUACAGGGAAUUAGUAGCAGAAAGUGGAGCAAUUGAAGAGAUAACUGGCUUGCUGAGCCAACCUUCCUUGACUCCUGAGGUAAAGGAGCAAAGUAUGUGUACUUUGUGGAACUUGUCAGUGGAUGAGAAGCUUCGAGUGAAAAUUGCAAACAGUGACAUAUUGCCUUUACUUAUUAAGUCCCUCGAUGAUGAUGACAUAAAAUUGAAGGAAGCAGCAGGAGGGGUUUUGGCAAAUUUGGCAUUGAGCCAAAUUAACCACAGCAUCAUGGUUGAAGCAGGUGUUAUACAAAAACUGGCAAAGGCCCUAACAGCUGAUUUGGAAGGAGCUAAAGUCCUUAGAAAGGAAGCAAGAAAUGCAUUGUUGGAGCUUGCUAAGGAUGAAUAUUACAGAAUUCUUGUCAUAGAGGAAGGCCUGAUUCCUGUCCCUAUGAUUGGUGCAUCUGCAUACAAGUCCUUCAAACCAGGUUUGUAUUCCUGGCCUAGUUUACCAGAUGGUACAGAGAUUAAACAAACUUCAAAAGGUCCUUCUAAAUAUGGUGCCUCCGAAGUACUCCUUGGAUUAAAUAUUGAUGACAAGAAUGUAAACAUAGAGGAGACCAAGAUGAAAGCAGUAGUUGCACGGUCACACCAACAAUUUCUUGCUCGUAUUGGGGCUAUAGAAAUAGAGAAUGGAGAGAAAUCUCAAUCUGGAUGCUUGAGUGAGCAUCGACUUACACUCUUACCAUGGGUGGAUGGGGUGGCUCGAUUGGUUUUGAUUCUUGAGCUUGAAGAUGAAUCUGCCAUAUCAAGAGCUGCAGAGUCAAUUGCUGAUGCGUCUAUCAAUGAACAUAUUCGAGUUGCAUUCAAGGAAGCUGGAGCAAUCAAGCAUUUAGUUCGGCUUUUAGGCCAUAACAAUGAUUCUGUCAGAUUGUCUGCUACUCAAGCUUUGGAAAGGUUGUCUAUCAGCAAUCAUGUUUGCCAGAUAAUUGAAGCUGAAGGCAUCAUUGAUCCUUUGGUCAAUACUCUAAAGCACUUGCAGACCUCUGAAAGCCUGAUUGAAAAGAGCUUGAAUCUACUUGCUCGGAUAUUAGAUCCUAGUAAAGAGAUGAAAUCUAAGUUUUAUGAUGGAUCAGUUAAUGGAUCAAAAAAGUUAUCAGACGCAACAAAAAACCCUGAAGAUUCUGCAGUCUUAACUGGAAAUAUGUCUGACAAACCCAUAUCAAAUGUGAAUGCCAGGCCAAAGCUGUGGAUUGCUAGGCAUUAUUGGGAGGAUGUGCUAGACACUGCUUUCAUUGCUCGCCUUGUUGAUAUUCUAAAGAACUCAUCCCCAAAUUUACAAAGAAAAGCAAGUUCCGUUCUUGAGUUUGUGACAAUUAAUGACCCAAGCAUGGACUCAAUCAUUUCAGUAGAUAUUGAAUCGGGUUUGGCUGCUGUUUUCCAACAAAAAGUUUUGAAUGAUGUGGAUUCCGAUGUAGAAGACCAGCAGCCAGAAAAAUAUGUCCUUGAAGUUGAAGAAGCUGGUCUUGCAAUAUCCACAGCAUCCCGGUUGCUAACAAAGCUGCUUGACUCUCCGCAAUUUUUUCAAAGUAUAAAUUCCACCCACUUCACUAAACUGCUCCGUGAAAUCCUAAAAUCAAACGUCCCUCUUCAUUACAAAGAUUGGGUUGCUGCUUCCCUAGUUAAACUCAGCUCUCUUUCUGAUAGUAAGCUUGAUUCUGGGAAUCCAAUCAACAUGGAGGUAACUCUCUAUGAGACCAUCCCAAGACUUAUAGAGAAGAUGAAAACCUCUUUCUCUCCGGACGCAAAGGAAGCUGCUGUGAUGGAACUCAACAGAAUAAUUGCUGAAGGGAUGGUGGAUUCAACUCGAGCUAUAGCUUCUGAAGGGGGAAUAUUUCCAUUGGUUAAGCUGAUUGAAGAUGGAAGUGAGGGGGCUGUUGAAGCAAGCUUGGGAAUACUGUAUAAUCUAAGCAUGGACAGUGAGAAUCAUUCGGCAAUUAUAGCUGCUGGAGCAGUGCCGGCAUUAAGGAGAAUUGUUCAAUUGCAAAGACCACAGUGGCCACGAGCACUUCAUGUGUUAAGGACUUUACCAACUUGAUGUGACCAUAUGCAAAUGCCAUAAUUGGAGCGAGAAAUGUAAUUUAAAAAAAAAAAAAAAGUAUUUUUGUAGGUUCAUCCUUUUUGCUACACUGGGAAGUUUAUAUGUACAUCACAGUGAUAUGAUUUAGUGCAACACAUGAUAAAAUAUCUUGUUUAGCCCCUUUAACUUGAAUGUAGUCCAUCCUUCAUAAUAGAGUUUGCCUCUC